UCUGAGCUAAACUAACCUAAUCUGUCGCGAAGACACGUGCAGCAUUCGUGGAUGCGAACUUUUACAAUUGUGUAUAUCUGUGCAUUUUUAUAUGCAAAAAUUUUAGGAUUAAGGAUAUUGUAUUUGUAAUUUAAGAAAGUAAUUAGUAAUAUUAGGAGUAAAAUGGAUGAAAUGUUGAAAGAUGCGCGUUUCGCGCAUAUCGCGAAAGAUCCGAAAUUUCGACGCAUUCCCAAGGCUGAAAGGAAAGUGAAGAUUGACCACCGAUUUAAAGACAUGUUUAAGGAUAAAAAGUUUACUGUGAAAUAUACCAUUGAUAAGCGUGGUAGACCGAUCAAUCAGACCACUACUGAAAAUCUUAGGAAAUAUUAUGAUCUAUCUAGCAGCGAAGAUGAAGAUGCAUCUACACCGUCUACAAACAAGGAAGAUGACAAGACGAAAGAAAUAAAGAAGGACACUAUAAAGAAAGCAAAGGGCAAAAAGAAGUCGAUGAAGAAAGUCGAAUCAAGCUUGGUAAAAGAUCCCUCGGACGAAGGAAGUGAAGAUGAUCAGAACGACGAUAAUUGUGCCGCGAGUAAUAGAGAUUUACUUCGAAUUAAACCAAAAGAGAAAUGUUCUGAUGAUGAAUCUUCAGAUAAUAAUGAGACUGAAUCUGUUCAGAAAGAAUUUUCCCAAUUAGAUUUUGAUAAAAAUGAAGAACAGCUGCAUACAAGAAGAAGAAAUGAAAGUGGCAGACUUACAAGUGAAAUUAAAGAAAGAUUGAAAGAUCUGAGUGUGAAUUAUGCCAGAGGUGAAGGUGUCUUGUUGACUGAUAGCUCUUCGGAAGAAGAAUUAUCUGAAGCUAGUGAUAUUGAGGAAGAGAUUGAACAUAAUUGGGGUGAAUUAGACAAGGAAGCUGAAACAACAGAUGAGAUUACACAUAAAUUAGCCAUUUGUAAUAUGGAUUGGGAUAGAAUACGCGCUGUAGACUUGAUGAUUUUGUUAAAUUCAUUUUUACCCACUGGCGGACUUAUCCAUUCAGUUAUAAUUUAUCCAUCAGAAUUUGGUCAGAAGCGAAUGAAGGAGGAAGAGAUCAGUGGGCCAAUAGAACUAAGAAGUGAAGAUGUUAACAGCGAAGGAGAAAUUGGGGAUGAUAAUGAAGAAGGUGCAACAUAUCAUAUGGAGAAAUUGAGACAGUAUCAAUUAAAUCGAUUGAAAUACUAUUAUGCUGUUGCUGAGUUUGAUUCUGCUGAAACGGCAAAUAAAGUAUAUAUAGAGUGCGAUGGAAUUGAAUAUGAAUCGACUGCAACUAGAUUAGAUCUCAGAUUUGUACCAAAUGAUAUGACAUUUGACCAGGAACCUAAAGAGAUAUGUACCGAGAUACCAGAACUUGCAAAAUACGAACCAAGACAAUUUACGACAACCGCUUUACAACAAAUUAAAGUUCAAUUAACAUGGGAUGAAACAAAUGUAGACAGGCAAGAAUUUACACAAAAGCUGAAUUCUGGAAAAUUACAGGAGAUCGACGAAAAUGAUCUACAGACAUACCUAGCGAGUGGUAGCGAAGACGAUUCGGAGGAAAAGGAAGACAUAACUGAGAGAAACAAUGAUAAUUUGGAGUCAGAAGUAAAUGAUGAUUCAAUUGGAAAGUAUAAAUCUUUACUAAAAUCUAUUGAAGAAGAAGAAGAGGCAAAGAAGAACAAGGAUGUUGAAUUGGAAUUUACAUGGGGUUUAGGCGCCAAAGAAAAGGCUGAAAAAUUGGUCAAGGAGAGAAUGAAAAAUAAAGAAGAACUCACGCCUUUUGAGCAAUAUUUGGAGAAACGCAAAGCGAAAAAGAAAGCUAAGAGAGAAGAAAAGAAGCUUAAAGAGGAAAGUCAAAAUAGCGAUUCAGAAGACUCUUUGCCACCUGAUGUUGAUAUAAAUGAGAAAUAUUUUGCAGAAGAAUUUAAAAACAGGAAAUUAUCCCAUAAGAAUGGAAAGAAAGAUAAGGAUGCUAAUGGUGUGGAUUCAUCGAAUGAACAGGAAGAAAAUCAACGUAGAGCCGAAUUAGAAUUACUUUUGAUGGAUCAAGACGAGGACGGCAAAAAGCAUUUCAAUAUGAAGCAAAUUGAGGAAAAUGCUACCAUGUCGAAAUCUAAACGAAAACGUCUCAACAAAAAAAAGAAUGUGCAAGAAGAAAUAAAAGAUGACGAUUUUGAAGUUAACGUCAAAGAUCCGAGAUUCGCCGCUUUGUUUACAUCACAUUAUUUCAAUAUCGAUCCUGCAGAUCCACAUUAUAGAAAGACAAAGGGUACAGAAGCUUUAGUUAGCGAAAAGUUAAAGAGGAGAGCUAAUAACGAAGCACAUACAGAAGAUAAUAAGCAAUUUAAAAAGCCAAGAACAAAUGAAAAACUAUCGACCGAAUUACAAGCGCUGGUUAAAUCUGUUAAGAAAAAAACACAAAAUAUCUCACAACCAAUAAAAGGAUAAUUUGAUCAUAA